GCUGCCGCAGCCCUUUUAGACGAAUUAAUGGGUAGAGAUAGAAAUCUCCAACCAAGUGAUCAGAGGACAGAAACACGUUGGGAUGACAAGGACGUUUGCAAGUAUUAUUUAUGUGGAUUUUGUCCCCACGAACUUUUUGUCAACACCAGAGCUGAUCUUGGUCCAUGUGAUAAAAUCCAUGAUGAUGCCCUGCGUAAAGAAUAUGAGAAAAGCACUCGAUAUCAAAAAUUGAAUUAUGAAGAGGAAUUCUUUCGUUUUCUCACCACCUUGAUAAACGAUGUUGAAAAGAGAAUUCGUCGUGGACAUCAGAGAUUGGCAUUAAAUAAUCAACAGGGAUCAUUAAAUGGCAAUGUGUUUGGUGGAAAAGAAGAUAAAAUAGAAAUGCUGACCGAGAAAAUCAAUGAACUGGUAGAAAAAGCUGAACAACUUGGAUGUGACGGGAAUGUGGAGGAUGCUCAAGGAGUUAUGAAGUUGUGUGACCAGCUGAAAGAAGAAAGGAGACAGUUGGAGGAAAGUGAUGAAGCCAACAAUCCCCAAAUGAAACAAAUGGAAGUGUGUGAAGUUUGUGGUGCAUUCCUUAUUGUUGGUGACAUGAAACAAAGAAUUGAUGAACAUUUACUUGGUAAACAACACAUGGGGUAUGCUAGAGCCAGAGCGACCGUGGAAAAAAUGAAAGAACAGAUGAAGAAAGAUGUUGAUGAAAGAGAGGCCAGAGAAGCCAGACUUCUGAAGGAAAGG